UUUAGCGGUAGAUUUGUUGCACUGCUAGCUUUUGGGAUUUUUAUCGAGUCGUCUGUCUUCUAUCACCUGCUGACACUUAUAGAGCAACCAAUCUCCGCUACAAUGCCUAGUAUACUUUAUGGUGUUUUCUGGUUUUACUUCCUUGCGGUCACCUGGUUCUUCUGGAGUUCGGUAGUGUCGGCAUGUUUCAAAAUCCAGAUUAUCCAACACUUGUAUAUUUCUAUGUUGGAUAGACUGUUUUCCUACGCCGCCUUGGCUGUCACAGUAAAAGAUGAUAUUAAAAGAAUAAGGAGUGUCGACAGUUUUGAAAACCUUGAUACGUAUGAUGAUGAUUUGAUUGAAAGGGAUAUUCAGCUAACUGAAGGAGGUGUAAAGGUUAAAAAUAAUCUUGUUCCAGAUCAAAAAGGAUUCAGAUUACACUACCCAACCUACUUAGUUAAAUGUGGGAUAGAGGCUAUUAUAGAAGAUUCUGUCACCAAGAGAUUCACAGCUGCGGAGUUACGAGUAUGGAAUUUCUUGAGUCGCAACCAGAGUUAUGUAUAUGCCAAGAGAGAUAACCAUACCACACUAAUGAUGCUAUGGCUCGUGGGCCUCAUUGUUCGUUAUGUAAUAUUCCUGCCAUGCAGACUUGUUGUUUUCCUCUCUUCAGUUUUCUUCACAUGGAUUUUAGGCGCUGUGGCUCGGAAGCUUCCUCCUUCACGGUUUAAAAACUGGUUAUCCACUGAAGGAAUCCAGGCAGCCGUACGGCUUAAUUUGUGUUCAUUCUCCGCUGUUAUUCGUUUCCACAACAGAGAAAACCGCCCUAAAGCAAAUACAAUUUGUGUCGCCAACCAUACGACACCGUUUGAUUGGUGUAUUUUGGCCUCAGACGUUACCUACGCUGUUGUUGGGCAAAAACAUGGAGGAUUUUUUGGUUUUGCUGAACGGAUAAUCUCGUGUGCUGUGCCUGCUGUUUGGUUUGAUCGUGAGGAAAUUUUAGAUCGUCUUUCUACAGCUAAAAGGUUAAAAAAUCACGCAGCUACACCGAAUGCUGAACCUAUUCUCAUUUUUCCAGAAGGUACUUGUAUCAAUAAUACAUCAGUCAUGAAAUUCAAGAAAGGUUGUUUUGAAGUGGGCGCUGAAAUUCAUCCUGUUGCAAUCAGAUACAAUCCAUUAUUUGCUGACUGUUUUUGGAACAGCAAUCUAGAUAGUUUAUUCCAGUACAGUUUAAAAAUAAUGACAUCAUGGGCUAUCAUGGUAGAUGUUUGGUAUUUACCACCGACUCGAAAAUCAGAUCAAGAAGAUUCAAUUGCAUUUGCAAGACGUGUACAGUAUAGUAUUGCACAAUGUGGUGGUAUGAUUGGAAUGGAUUGGGAUGGUGAAUUAAAACGAAACAAACCAAAAGACACAUUGAAACAUGCACAACAAAAAUAUGUUAGUCAAUAUGUUAUACCUGCUGACUCACAAUCAUCCUCUACUUAAAAACUGUUCUAUCCUGUAUACACACCCACACACACACAUAAAAUUUUUCUACUACAACUCUGACUUUUCAUUCUCUAUUGAAUCCUACCAAAUUGUUAUUGUUUAUUUUUAAAUUAUAAUUUUACAUUUGAAUUUGUAGUGAUCUUGCAAUUUAAAUUUUCCUUAGUUUACAAACAUUCCUCUGUUUUAUAUUAUCAUUAUUAUUAUUAUCCAAAGAGAAUUUAUCCAGAGUAGUAAGAUCACGCUUUUCUAUUUUGCAACAAUUGAUUGUUCUUUUGUAAUCCUCUUACUUUUGUAUUUGUUGUUGAAGAACUGUUUCGAUUAUUAUUAUUAUUAUUAUUAUU